AGCGGUGGGGAGAGCCAGUCCGGAACCUACCGGAAGUCAGCGAGAGAGCCUAUGUGCUUUCCCUGGGACUGUGGGGCUCGGACUCCAGGAGGGUCGAGGGUCUCUUGGGAGACCUGCACUGGGCGGGGUCACAGAGAAGCUGCCUGCCACUCAAAGAGCAGCCGGCCUGGUCCGGGCUGCGGCCGCCCCUCCCUUUGCCCUUCGCGGCACCCGGCCCGGGUCUGGGGCUGCUUUUCUGCGCCCGGAGCUGCCAGCCUUUCCCUUUGGCCCGAUUCUAGCAGCAGAGCGGCGCCCCCGCGGGGUCCCAGUAGCCGCACUUAGUCCCUUGAUCCGUGGGUAACUCAUUCAAUUUCGGAGUUCUUUUAAUUCUUCUGAAAGAUUUCAAAUCCUGUAGGAACCAAAAUGGGACACAGUAAGCAGAUUAGAAUUUUGCUUCUGAACGAAAUGGAAAAGCUGGAAAAGACUCUCUUCAGACUUGAGCAAGGAUUUGAACUACAGUUCCGAUUAGGCCCAACUUUACAGGGGAAAGCAGUUACCGUGUAUACUAAUUACCCAUUUCCUGGAGAAACAUUUAAUCGAGAAAAAUUCCGUUCUCUGGAAUGGGAAAAUCCAGCAGAAAGAGAAGAUGAUUCUGACAAAUACUGUAAACUUAACCUUCAACAAGCUGGAUCAUAUCAGUAUUACUUUCUUCAAGAAAAUGAGAAAAGUGGUGGGGGUUACAUAGUUGUGGAUCCUAUUUUACGUGUUGGUGCUGAUAAUUGUGUGUUGCCCUUGGACUGUGUUACUCUCCAGACAUAUUUAGCAAAGUGUUUGGGACCCUUUGAUGAAUGGGAAAGCAGACUUCGAGUUGCCAGAGAAUCAGGUUACAACAUGAUUCACUUUACCCCUUUGCAAACUCUUGGACUGUCUAGGUCAUGCUACUCCCUUGCUGAUCAGUUAGAAUUAAAUCCUGACUUCUCAAGGCCUAAUAAAAAGUAUACUUGGAAUGAUGUUGGACAGUUAGUAGAAAAAUUGAAAAAAGAAUGGAAUAUUCUUUGUAUUACUGAUGUUGUCUACAAUCACACAGCUGCUAAUAGUAAAUGGAUCCAAGAACAUCCAGAAAGUGCAUAUAAUCUCGUAAAUUCUCCACAUUUAAAACCUGCUUGGGUCUUAGACAGAGCACUUUGGCAUUUAUCCUGUGAUGUUGCAGAUGGGAAAUACAAAGAACAAGGAGUACCUGCAUUGAUUGAAAAUGAUCACCAGAUGAAUUGCAUUCGGAAAAUAAUUUGGGAGGAUAUUUUUCCAAAGAUUCAACUCUGGGAAUUUUACCAAGUAGAUGUUUACAAAGCAGUUGAGCAAUUUAGAGGACUUCUUAUGCAAGGAAAUAGGAAAAUAGCAACAAUAUCUGAUCCACAGCAACACCUUAAGAUUAUUCAGGAUACUGAAUAUAGACGGCUUGGAUGCACCGUAGAUAUGAACAUUGCUCUAGCGACUUUCAUACCACAUGACAAUGGGCCAGCUGCAAUUGAUGAAUGCUGUAAUUGGUUCCGCAAGCGAAUUGAGGAAUUAAAUUCAGAGAAGCAUCAAGUCGUGAACUAUCAUCAGGAACAGGCAGUAAAUUGUCUUUUGGGAAAUGUGUUUUAUGAACGGCUUGCUGGCCAUGGUCCAAAACUAGGACCUGUUACAAGAAAAUAUCCUUUAGUUACCAGCUACUUCACUUACCCAUUUGAAGAAAUGACCCUCUCAGCAGAAGAAUCUUUGAUUCACGUGCCAAAUAAAGCCUGUUUUCUGAUGGCACAUAAUGGGUGGGUAAUGGGAGAUGAUCCUCUUCGAAAUUUCGCUGAACCAGGUUCAGAAGUUUAUCUGAGAAGAGAACUCAUUUGUUGGGGAGACAGCGUUAAAUUACGCUAUGGGAAUAAACCAGAAGACUGUCCUUAUCUCUGGGCACACAUGAAAAAAUACACUGAAAUAACUGCAACUUAUUUCCAGGGAGUACGUCUUGAUAACUGCCAUUCAACACCUCUUCAUGUAGCUGAGUACAUGUUGGAUGCUGCUAGGAAAUUGCAACCCAAUUUAUAUGUAGUAGCUGAACUGUUCACUGGAAAUGAAGACCUGGACAAUAUCUUUGUUACUAGACUGGGCAUUAGUUCCUUAAUAAGAGAGGCUAUGAGUGCCUAUAAUAGUCAUGAAGAGGGCAGAUUAGUUUACCGAUAUGGAGGAGAACCUGUGGGAUCCUUUGUUCAGCCCUGUUUGAGGCCUUUAAUGCCAGCUAUUGCACAUGCCCUGUUUAUGGACAUUACCCACGACAAUGAAUGUCCUAUUGUGCAUAGGUCAGCCUACGAUGCUCUCCCAAGCUCCACAAUUGUUUCUAUGGCCUGUUGUGCUAGUGGGAGCACUAAGGGAUAUGAUGAAUUAGUGCCUCAUCAGAUUUCAGUAGUUUCUGAAGAACGGUUUUAUACUAAAUGGAACCCUGGAGCAGAGCCCUCAAAUACAAGUGAAGUUAAUUUCCAGAGUGGAAUUAUUGCAGCCAGGUGUGCUAUCAAUAAACUACAUCAAGAGCUCGGGGCUAAGGGUUUUAUUCAGGUGUAUGUAGAUCAGGUUGAUGAAGACAUAGUGGCAGUAACAAGACACUCCCCUAGUAUCCAUCAGUCUGUUGUGGCUGUGUCUAGAACUGCUUUCAGGAAUCCCAAGACUUCAUUUUACAGCAAAGAAGUGCCUCAAAUGUGUAUUCCCGGAAAAAUUGAAGAAGUAGUUCUUGAAGCUAGAACUAUUGAAAGAAACACACAACCUUAUAGAAAAAAUGAAAAUUUCAUCAAUGGAAUGCCAAACAUCACAGUAGACAUUAGAGAACAUAUUCAGCUUAAGGAAAGUAAAAUUGUUAAACAAGCUGGAAUUGCCACAAAAGGACACAAUGAAUAUAUCCAAGAAAUAGAAUUUGAAAACUUAUCUCCAGGAAGUAUUAUUGUCUUCAGAGUUAGUCUUGAUCCACAUGCACAAGUUGCUGUUGGAAUUCUUCGAAAUCAUCUGACGCAGUUUAGUCCUCAUUUUAAAUCGGGAAGCCUUGUUGUUGAUAAUGCAGAUCCGAUAUUAAAACUUCCUUUUGCUUCUAUUGCCUCUAAAUUAACUUUAGCUGAGCUAAAUCAAGUACUUUAUCGAUGUGAAUCAGAAGAACAAGAAGAUGGUGGAGGGUGUUAUAACAUACCCAACUGGUCAUCUCUAAAAUAUGCAGGUCUUCAAGGAUUAAUGUCUGUAUUGGCAGAAAUAAGACCAAAAAAUGACUUAGGCCAUCCCUUUUGUGAUAAUUUAAGAUCUGGAGACUGGAUGAUUGACUAUGUCAGUAAUCGGCUAAUUGCACGAUCAGGAAACAUUGUUGAAGUUGGUAAAUGGUUGCAGGCUAUGUUCUUCUACCUGAAGCAGAUCCCACGUUAUCUUAUCCCCUGUUACUUCGAUGCUAUAUUAAUUGGUGCAUACACCACUCUUCUGGAUAUAGCAUGGAAGCAGAUGUCAAGUUUUGUUCAGAAUGGCUCUACAUUUGUGAAGCAUCUUGCAUUAGGUUCCGUUCAGAUGUGUGGAGUGGGAAAAUUCCCUUCUCUGCCAAUUCUUUCACCUUCUCUUACGGAUAUACCAUAUAGGCUCAAUGAAAUCACAAAGGAAAAGGAGCAGUGCUGUGUGUCCAUAGCUGCAGGUCUACCUCAUUUUUCUUCAGGCCUUUUCCGCUCUUGGGGAAGGGAUACUUUUAUUGCACUUAGAGGCAUACUGCUGAUCACUGGACGCUAUUUAGAGGCCAGGAAUAUUAUUUUAGCGUAUGCUGCUACCCUGAGACAUGGGCUCAUCCCUAAUCUACUUGGUGAAGGAACUUAUGCCAGAUACAAUUGUCGGGAUGCUGUAUGGUGGUGGCUACAGUGUAUUCAAGAUUACUGCAAAAUGGCUCCAAAUGGUCUGGACAUUCUUAAGUGCCCAGUUUCCAGAAUGUAUCCUACAGAUGACUCUGCUCCUUUGUCUGCUGGCAUAUUGGAUCAGCCAUUGUUUGAAGUAAUACAGGAAGCUAUGCAAAGACAUAUACAGGGCAUACAAUUUCGAGAAAGGAAUGCUGGGCCACAGAUAGAUCGAAACAUGAAAGAUGAAGGUUUUAAUAUAACUGCAGGGGUUAAUGAAGAAACAGGAUUUGUUUAUGGAGGAAAUCGCUUUAACUGUGGCACAUGGAUGGAUAAGAUGGGAGAAAGUGACAGAGCUAGAAACAGGGGAAUUCCAGCCACUCCAAGAGAUGGAUCUGCUGUUGAAAUUGUGGGCCUGAGUAAAUCUACCAUUCGUUGGUUGCUAGAAUUAUCUCAAAAAAAUAUUUUCCCUUACCGUGAAGUCACAGUAAAAAGACAUGGAAAGGUGGUCACAGUUUCAUAUGAAGAAUGGAACAGAAGGAUACAAGACAACUUCGAAAAGCUCUUUUAUGUGUCAGAAGAUCCUUCAGAUUUGAAUGAAAAACAUCCUAAUCUGGUUCAUAAACGUGGCAUAUACAAAGACAGCUAUGGUGCUUCAAGCCCUUGGUGUGACUAUCAGCUCAGACCUAAUUUUACCAUCGCAAUGGUUGUAGCUCCUGAACUAUUUACUGCAGAAAAAGCAUGGAAAGCUUUGGAAAUUGCAGAGAAGAAGUUACUUGGUCCUCUUGGCAUGAAAACUUUAGAUCCAGAUGACAUGGUCUACUGUGGAAUUUAUGACAAUGCUUUAGAUAAUGACAACUAUAAUCUUGCUAAAGGUUUCAACUAUCACCAAGGACCUGAAUGGCUAUGGCCCAUUGGGUAUUUUCUUCGUGCAAAACUGUAUUUUUCCAAAUUGAUGGGUCCGGAGACUAAUGCAAAGACUAUAUUUUUAGUAAAAAAUGUUCUUUCCCGACAUUAUGUUCAUCUUGAGAGAUCACCUUGGAAAGGACUUCCAGAACUGACCAAUGAGAACGGCCAGUACUGUCCUUUCAGCUGUGAAACUCAAGCCUGGUCAAUUAGUUCUGUUCUUGAAAUACUCUAUGACUUGUAGUGGAUUCAUAUUUAUUCGAAUACAAUGAUUGUAUUGUAGAAUGCAAGAUCGCAGUAUACUAUAAAUACCUGAUGAGCACUGGUUCUAGUCACCUAAAAAUUUUCAUAUAGCAUAAAUAUCUAAUUAGGUAAGACUGUAGAAGUACUGAGUUGUUGUUUUUAAUGUGCAAGUGAAGCUUUUCAUUUGAGUCAUAAAGAAAAAUUGUCAUUGCCAGUAGAAUUGUUUUUAAUUCAAAAAAUAUUCUUCAAACUGCCUAGAAGUGUAAAGGUUAAAAUCCAGAGUUUGAAAAAGAAAAUUCAUGUAACUGUUUACUUGUACAUAAGUGAAAAUAAAAGAUGAUAGUAUAAUAAUGAAAGAAAUUUUAAAGGGGUAUAUGCCAUAUAUUUUCUUCUACUACAAUAUAUAUUAGAUAGGCUGUAUUUAAUUAAUAUUUUCUCCUGCUAUAUUAUUCCUAGCACCUCCCAACUAAAUUGAGGAAAUAUUAAAUGUACUGAUGUUCACAACAUGUUCUUACUUUUUCACUGAUAUAUUAAUAUGUUUUUAAUAUAAUCAGUGUAUACCAAAAUGAAUCCUAACAUGAUUGACUUGCCCUAAUUACGCAUAGGAAAUUUGGAAGAAAAAAGCAUUCUAUUAGUCUUAACAUAAUUAAUAGCUUUUCUAUUAGUCUUAACAUAAUUAACAUAUCCAUAAUGCAGAUUGUUAGACAUAUUUCUGAGAAUUUUUUAAAUGCUAUAUUAAUUUUCUUAAAUUUAACAAUUGUUUUUAGUUUAUGUGCAAAAGUCUACUGAUAGUAGACCGAUAGUAGACACUGGCUUUCUAUUCAUUUUAACCCACACGAACACAGAGUCAAUAGUGACCUUGGUAUAGUAAGUACAUGGGUGUGAAUUCAGUAGUUAUCUUGAAUUCAGUGAAAUUCUGAAUAGUUAUCAUGUUUGGAGAUACUGUCAAUCUGAAAAAGUCAGAAAAGGAAGAAAGUCUUGAACAUUUAUGUUCACUGUCACUUUUUUAAUAGCAACUAUUUUCUGGAUGGAAUUUUUUUUACUGUUUUAUCACAUGAAAACACUUAAGUUAGAUGAUUAUAGUUUAUAGUUUCAGUUGAAAGAAAAUUAUUGCAAGAUUUCUUUUGGCAUAUUUAAUAUUAUUCAGUGAUAUAUUAAUAGUUAAGAAAGUGACAAAACAGCAACACUUUUCUCAAUUAAAUAUCAUGUACCUAACCAUCGUAACCAUGACUAUGAAAUAAGAAUAUUGAAGAGGGAGUCAGGCAGUAGCACAACGGUUUAAGCGCACAUGGCGCCAAGCGCAAGGAUGGGCAUAAGGAUCCCAGUUCAAGCCCCUGGCUCCCCACCUGAAGGGGAGUCACUUCACACGUGGUGAAGCAGGUGUCUGUCUUUCUUUCCCCCUCUCUGUCUUCCCCUCCUCUCUCCAUUUCUCUCUGACCUAUCCAACAAUGAUGACAUCAAUAACUAACUACAAGGGCAACAAAAGGGCAAAUAAAUAAAAAUAGUUUUUAAAAAAAGAAUAAUGAAGAAAAGGGGGUGGAUGAUGGUGCACCCGGUAGAGCACACAACUUACUAUGCAAGAAGACUAGGGUUCAAGCCCCCACGCCCACCUAUGGGGGGGGAGCUUCACAAGUGGAGAAGCAGUACUGUUGGUGUCUCACCUGCUCUCUUUCUCCUUCACUCAUCUCUCUCACACACUCAUGCUGCAUCAGAAGAAAAAUGGGAAAAGUGAUAAACAAGUAAAUUUCUACAUAGCAAAAAUUACAUAAAUGCUUCAGAUAUCAAAUAUCAUAUUCAUAAAAGUUAAUACAAUUCAGUGUAUUCACCUGCACACAAUAGUUUUAACUAGCAUAUGUUUCUGGUUUUCUAGCCCAAAACUAAUUAAAUAAGAAUAAUUGUGAUAGCAAUCUGGACACCAUCUGUAAACACAUCAGUUGCCAAGUUCCCCUUACUUCUUCAUUGCUUGAUGUGUAUAUAAACUCUAACAUGUGCAGUUAAAAAGAAUGACCUUGAGAGAGUGACAAUUUUAGUCAUCUAAUAUAUGUUAAUGAUAUUGUUGUACUCUAACUUCUGUAUUAAAGAUGGUACGAAAAGUAACUAAAAGCCAGCAUUUUUAACAAAAGAAAGAAGCAAUGACUUUAAAAAAAAAAAAUGAAUGACUGACUUUUAAGUAUAGAUAGCUACUUAUGUAGGUAAUAUAUAGGUUUUUAAAGACACUCAGAUUAUCUAUAGUAAGGCAAAUGCCCACCUCAGUGAUUUUUUUGGAAUAUUAUAUUGCACUAGAAAAUAAAGUGGCUCAUUUCCCUAGUAAGAAAUAGUAAUGAAAGAAUAGUUACAAACUGCAUGGUCUGCUUUAAAGUUUAAGAAGGCCUACUACUGCUUACUUCACCAAAGGUGGUGAAAAGAAUAGUUUUAGACUUAGAAUGUAAGUGCCAUUUGAGUAAAAAUACAUUUAGACAGAACACUUCAUUCUUGAGUGAUGUUGGAUAAAGUAUUGCUGUCAUUACAUUUCAGUAAUUUCUCUGUGCCUUGGUUCUCCACUUAUCUAAGUCUGUCUUAGCUCUUUAGCAAGAGAAGCUUGCCAUUUUAACAAGUAUGCUGUGAUAGUUUAGUAAAUUUCUAAGAUAAUUGAGAAAUCAUAAAACCUGUCAUCAUAUCUAUGAAUACCAUAACUGAUGUGAAUUGUAAUCCUUGUGUUACAUGCUUUCAAUGUCACUUUUAUGUCUGUGUGCCAAGAAAAUAAACAAUACCAUUCUAAAAAUA